UCGGCGCGGUGGGUGCGGAGGGCGCGGCAGCGGCGCCAUGGACGGGCGGCCCGGGCCGAGGCCGACCCCCGAGGGCCGCCGGGAGCGCUCCCGGGACGCCGCCCGGUGCCGGCGCAGCCGCGAGGCCGAGGUGUUCGGGCAGCUGGCGCUGGCGCUGCCCUUCGCCCGCGGCGUCAGCGCCCACCUGGACAAGGCGUCCAUCAUGCGGCUGACCAUCAGCUACCUGCGCGUGCAGCGCCUGCUGGCCGCCGGCGCGUGGGCGGCGGCGGCCGAGGCCGUGGACGGCUGCUACCUGCAGGCGCUGAGCGGCUUCGUGAUGGUGCUGAGCGAGGGCGGGGACAUGAUUUACCUGUCCGAGAACGUCAGCCGCCUGCUGGGGCUCAGCCAGCUGGAGCUGAUCGGACACUCCGUGUUCGACUUCGUUCACCCCUGCGACCACGAGGAGCUGCACGACGUGCUGGGCCCGCGGCAGGGGGGUCCCCGGCGGCGGGGGGAGCGCUCGGGCCGCAGUUUCUCGCUGCGCAUGAAGAGCACCCUGAGCGGCCGCGGGCGCUGCCUCAACCUGAAAGCGGCGUCCUGGAAGGUGCUGCACUGCGCCGGGCACAUGCGCACGUACGCGGGGGGCGCGGGGGCCGCGGAGCCGCCGCUGCGGUGCCUGGUGCUGAUCUGCGAGGCCAUCGCGCACCCCGGGGCCAUCGAGGCCCCGCUGGGCUCGGGCACCGUGCUCACCCGCCACUCCAUGGACAUGAAGUUCACCUACUGCGACGAUCGGAUCGGGGAGGUGGCCGGGUACCACCCCGAGGAGCUCCUGGGCUGUUCCCUGUACGAGUUCGUGCACGCGCUCGACUCCAACACCCUGAGCCGCAGCGUCCACACCCUGCUCAGCAAGGGCCAGGCUGUCACCAGCCAGUACCGGUUCCUGGCCAAGCGUGGGGGGUUCCUGUGGGCGCAGACCCAGGCCACCGUCAUGGGCGGGGGGCGAGCGGCGCCCGAGGGCAUCGUGUGCCUGCACUUCGUGCUCAGCCGCGUGGAGCAGCGCGGGCUCGUUCUGUCCCUGGAGCAAACGCAGCGCCGCGAAUUGGGGAGGGGGCGGCGCCCCCCGGCCCCCGCCCCCAACCCGCCGGACACCGUGCUGGACCUGAGCCUGG